AUGUUCGUCUCCGACUGCUCUCAGCCAGAUCCGAUAGUGCUGCCCCACAGUGCUGCUCACUCGGGCACAUCUGUGCUUACUUCUGCCACCGCACGGCCUGGCCUAGCGGUGUUUGUGCCAGCCUUCCAUCACCUGGGCUUGCCACUUCCAGCUCGCUCCUUCGUUUGCUUUGCCUCCUCGGCAUUGGCCUCAGGACUAGGAUGCAUUGAGCCAUCCGUGCUUGUUCCUGAUUCCUCGCACACGGAACCAGCCCUUUCCAUCCGGAACUUUGCUUGCACAGGUCCAGCUGCUCCGUUCUUCGGCCUCGGCAGGGUGGAUCUGCCGCUGUCGGUCUUUGAUAGCAGCAGCUCAGGACUUCUUCUGUUCAUUCGCAAUCUCUUCCGCGCUGGGCCAAGCCUCUCGGCCUUUGGCUUGGGAAGCCUGGACCUGUCCUCGCUAGUCUUGGAUCUCACGCAUCUCGAAUCUUCUACACUGUUGCGAAGCUUCGUCCGGCCGGGCUUGCCGAUUCUGCCAGUGGACUUCGUGGCGACCGGCAGCUCGAUGCCGCUGCGGCAGCCUUCUCGAACUGGCCUUGUCGUGCCAGUGUCCGGUACAGCCAGGCUUGGCUCCAGUGUCUUGCUCUUUGAUGCUGCCAGGGUCAGAACCCUUAGUAUCUAUUUUCGAUGCGAUCGGAUCUGGCCCACCAGUACCGAUGAGAAGCUGAGCUCCCUCAUCUCGGACGGCUCCGACUCCACGUACCUGAAGAUCAGCUCGUCUCAGCUGGACGUCUAUGCUGGCACCCAGCGUGGCAUUACAGUGACCGCAAACGGUGGCACACUGCAUGGUGCAUGGUCGGCAGAAGCCAGUAUCACAACAUCCGACAGACGUCUGAAGCGCAACAUUCAGCCGCUGUACCAAACCAUCGCAACCAGAGCGCGCGAUCGAUGGGAAUCCGAUUCGGGAGCGCAGCCGGCAGCUGACAAGCUAAGCGAAGGUGAGCAGGUGAAGUGGCUGCUGCGCGAGCUGCGGCCAGUCUCCUUCCAACUGAAGCGGGGACCGGAAGCCAAGUACCUGAAGUUCGGAUUCAUCGCGCAAGAGCUGGAAGCAGUGUUCCCCAACUUGGUUCGGACGGUUGGGGACAACACGAAGGCCGUUGCCAGCCAGGACCUCAUCGCGGUGCUGACUCUCGCCUUCCAGAAUCUCCAGAAGGAACACGAUGAGUACAAGAAGACGGUGCUUGAUCAGCAGAGGGAGUUGGAAACCCUCAAGCGGCGCUUGGAUCGCCUCGAAGCUGUCGGUGCGUAA